AUGAGCCACGUGGCAUCAUGUGAGGGGGGCGCAACGGUCGCGGGAUCCGCCCCCGCGGGAUCGGGGGAGAGCGGAGGCGGCGCAACGGGGGAUAGCGGCGCGGGGAGUGGGAAGGAGGCGGUGAGAGCGAUGGGCGGAGCGGAUGGCGCGGAGGGGGAGAGCGCACCAGGUGUAGGCGGAGCGGGACACCAGGCGGGAUCCGCGGCGAUCUUCCCACUAAAACUGCUUCAGGUGCACGUAAUGUUCCGCCACGGCGACCGGGCGCCCAUGCCACGUGGCACGCCGUCAGAGGAGGAGGUGGCGCGGUGGGAGGCGAGGCUGCAGCCGCGUCCCCCAGCGCACGUGCUGCCGCACCGACAGCACACGCGGGGGAUAGAGUGGCCCUUUGGCCAACUCACCAGGAAAGGAGCACGGAAGAUGGAAAUAACGUGA